AUGGUUUUCGAAGUCUACAAAGUUAGAUACAAGCUUGCCAUGGCCGAUCCCGACAUGCCAAGCCCACGAUACCACACCGUCCUCUUCGUUCGAACAAAACCCAAUGGUGAUGGCAUUAUCCAUCACGUUACCGGAGACCUCGUUUCGGGCAUGCAGUACCAGUCUAAAUCAGGCAAACGACCUGAAGACUCCCAGACCUUCCAUAACAAAGAGCUACUUGGUGUGGUGGAGACAACCAAUUAUCCCGGUGUAUUUGAUCAAACGUGCCGACAGCAGCCUCCACCACCGAGGCAGAAGAAGUUCAAUCCGGCUACCCACAGAACGGAGCAGAUGAAGCCAGAUGGAUCAUUUUACAAACAAGGUGAAAUGAAACCUCCAAUGGUCAAGUGUACGGAAUGGACAGAAAGACAGGCGAUUCCCGCCCUGUUGCGACAUGGUGUUAUCAAGCAGCGUUGA